AGCUGGGACCCUGCUGGAAAGGACCCAAGGGCUGGAUGGAGGCAGCUCCUCUGCCCAGCCCCAGGAGAGGGGUUCCUAGCCGGCUGCUUGGCUGAGAAAGCAGCCCCGCCAGCCCCACCUGCCAGGCAAUGGGGAAGCCAGCGCCAGCUGGGGACUGAUCUGCAGCGGGUAACGUGCCCAUCCCCGGGAAGCUGCAAAUGGGAUGGGAGGCUGGUGCCUGCAGUAACCUGGCAGCCUCUUCAUUGCGCCGGUCUCUCUCUCUCCGGGUGCACGCUCAGCCCGGGCGCCGGCGUCUAGCGCUCCCUCCCCGAGCCGCGGCCACCGCAGGCAGGAGACGUCGCCCCUUUGUCUGCAAAGGCGAAGGUGAGGGCGUUUGCACCGAGACACGCCGCCCCAUGCCGGCGGCUCGGGGGCUCCAAGCAGCCGGCGGCGGCGCAGGGCGCUAGAUCCGUCGCCUCUGCAAGGACCGGGAGCAGGGAGGGCCGAGCCGGUAACGCGCUAAGAGCGACGCCAUGGCUGAGAAGGGGAUUGACCCAACCUGCGUCUCCGUUGCUUUGGAGGACUCCGUAUGCAAUGCUGGCUCCCAGGACGCGCCUCUCCUGACCACCCACCUGAAGAAGGUGGAGAAUCACAUCACAGAGGCGCAGCGGUUCUCGCACCUGCCCAAGCGUUCGGCCGUGGACAUCGAGUUUGUUGACCUGUCCUACUCCGUCCGUGAGGGCUCCUGGUGGAGAAAGAGAGGGUACAAGACCCUCCUGAAAUGCCUGUCCGGGAAAUUCUGCCGGCGCGAGCUCAUCGGGAUAAUGGGCCCCUCGGGCGCUGGGAAAUCCACACUCAUGAACAUCCUGGCUGGUUACAGGGAGACGGGGAUGAAGGGCCAGAUCCUGGUGAAUGGCCGGCUGCGGGACCUGCGCACCUUCCGCAAGAUGUCCUGUUACAUCAUGCAGGACGACAUGCUGCUGCCGCACCUGACCGUGCUGGAGGCCAUGAUGGUCUCUGCUAACCUGAAGCUGAAUGAGAAGCAGGAGGUGAAGAAGGAGCUGGUUCAGGAGAUCCUGACGGCGCUGGGGCUGCUGGAGUGCUCCUACACCCGCACCAUGUCGCUGUCCGGGGGGCAGCGCAAGCGCCUCGCCAUCGCCCUGGAGCUGGUCAACAACCCCCCCGUCAUGUUCUUCGAUGAGCCAACCAGUGGCCUGGACAGCGCCUCCUGCUUCCAAGUCGUCUCUCUGAUGAGGUCCCUGGCCCAGGGAGGCCGCACUAUCAUCUGCACCAUUCACCAGCCCAGUGCCAAGCUCUUCGAAAUGUUCGACAAGCUGUACAUUCUGAGCCAGGGCCAGUGCAUCUUCAAAGGGGUGGUGCCCAACCUCAUCCCCUACCUGAAAGGGCUGGGCCUGCAUUGCCCCACCUACCACAACCCGGCUGACUUCAUUAUCGAAGUGGCCUCAGGCGAGUAUGGAGACCUCAACCCAUUGCUGUUCCGUGCCGUCCAGAACGGGCUGUGCACCAUGGCCGAGAAGAAGAGCAGCCCGGAGAAGACGGACUCCUCCUGCCCAGUCCCCUGCGUGACGGACGUGGAUCAUAUUGAGAGCCACACGUUUGCCACCAGCACCAUGACCCAGUUCUGCAUCCUCUUCAAGAGAACGUUCCUGUCCAUCAUGAGAGACACGGUCCUGACCCACCUGCGGUUCAUGUCCCACAUCUGCAUCGGGGUGCUCAUCGGGCUGCUCUACCUGCACAUCGGCAACGACGCCGGCAAGGUCUUCAACAACACCGGCUUCCUCUUCUUCUCCAUGCUUUUCCUCAUGUUCGCCGCCCUGAUGCCCACUGUCCUCACAUUCCCUCUGGAGAUGUCUGUGUUCCUGAGAGAGCACCUGAACUACUGGUACAGCCUAAAGGCCUAUUACCUGGCCAAGACCAUGGCAGACGUGCCCUUCCAGGUCAUCUGCCCCAUAGCCUACUGCAGCAUCGUGUACUGGAUGACAGGCCAGCCCCCGGAGGCCACCCGCUUCCUCCUCUUCUCCGCCCUCGCCACCUCCACCGCUCUGGUGGCACAGUCUCUGGGGCUUCUGAUCGGAGCAGCUUCCACCUCCUUGCAGGUGGCCACGUUCGUGGGACCGGUCACUGCUAUCCCCGUCCUGCUCUUCUCAGGCUUCUUCGUCAGCUUCAAGACCAUCCCCACGUACCUGCAGUGGACCUCGUAUGUCUCCUACGUCAGGUAUGGCUUCGAGGGCGUCAUCCUCACCAUCUACGCCAUGGAGCGUGAGGACCUGGAGUGCCGGGAGACUCCCUGCCCCUUCCAGAAUCCCAUCAGGAUCCUCCAGGAGCUGGACGUGGAAGAGGCCAAACUCUACCUGGACUUCAUCAUCCUGGGCAUCUUCUUCCUCGUUCUGCGGCUACUGGCCUACCUGGUCCUCAGGUACAAGGUGAAGUCUGAGAGAUAAGGGGGCCAUCGGGGCCCGAUGCCUUUCCCAGACCUGAUCUGCCACAGCAUGGACAAUCCCAAAGGGACUCUCAGUCUCUGUGGAUGUGGGACCACAGGGGAGGCAUCGGGGAGGUGGCGACCAGUCCUGGCUCAGUCGAGAAGGUUUUUUGGGACAUCUCGGAACUGUUUUAACCUUUCCACACUCUUCAUCGCAAAUGUUUUGUACCGCCCUGGAAUGCCUCAUUCUCUCCCCUGGAGCCGCGUCAUCAGAUGGAUCUUGGAUUCCUUCUUCCACCCUGUGCCCCAAACCACCACCUCAGGACACCGAUGGAGGCAGUUGUCUUCCAAGCCAGAGAAAGAGAGAGCUGCCUGCCAAGGCUUUGCCGUUCGGGGGAAGGGGUUGCGCUGGUCUGAACCCUGUUUACCUCCCGCAAAGCACAGUUUUGUAGCGCAGUGUGUAGUGCAGUUUUUUAACUUGCCUGUGAGUCGAUGUCCAGUAGCAUGUGUAUCCAUAGUCAGAAGAAAUCAGAAGACAACAAUAGGCUACGUGGCAGAAGGCUUUCGUGUUUACCUUAGCCAUAGCAACAGCCAAUGCCAUAGCCCCUGUCUUUUUUUGUAAACGUCCCUUUUUCUUAAGGAAAAAACCAAACCAAACGACAACUCAGCUGCACUUAGUACAGGAACAAGUGUUGCGGCUCUGGAGGGAUGCAGGUAGAUCAGGCCUCUGCAUUUAGGAUUUGGCAGGAUGUAAUAUUGGUAGAAACAUUUCAAUGAAAUUUUUUUUAAAUGAUUUUUUGGGAAGUGGGAGAGUUCCCAGCCCUGCUGGGUUUGCCACCAGGGCCCUGCCGUGUUGGACUACUGCAUGAGACCCAGGGAAUGAUGACGCAAACCGGGCUAGCCAUGAGUUGAAAGUGACCAGUUUCAUAGAAUCAUAGAAUAUCAGGGAUAGAAGGGACCUCAGGAGGUCAUCUAGUCCAACCCCCUCCUCAAAGCAGGACCAAUCCCCAGACAGUUUUUUACUCCAGUUCCCUAAAUGGCCCCCUUUCCUUGGGAGCUGAGUAAAUGGUGGAAAGGUAAGGGACAGAUUCUCCGUUCUCUUACGCUGGUGUGAAUGGGAAGCAGCUGCCCUGAAGCCAGCGGAGUUAGGUUGGGUUGAGAGAAGAAUCUAGCCCAGUGAUUGACCUCAGUGGAGUUGCUGAUCCAAUGUGAAAUCAGAAUCAGUCCCUAGGGGCCCAAUGCUGCAGAUCACUUGGAUCUGAUUCUCCCAGUUAACCUGCACUUUGCAUUGUCACUUACACCGGCACACAAAUCCUGCCGAAUCAGAGCGGAGGUGUUUUACCCUUGCUUUGCACAAGUGUAAAAUGAUGACACAAUGUGCAGGGCAUUAACGAACCAGCCCCAUUGAGAUUAGCAGGAUGUGGCCCUGAGCGGCAUGAAAGGUGAAAAGUAAAGGACCUCUCCUUUGUGUUUAAUAACCCCCAGUCUUGUUACAAUGCAGGGAGGGACAUUUUCAUGUGUGGCUGACAAUGGGACAAUGCCCCUUUUACAGUUUGGCCUUGCAGCUGAAGCCCUGAAUAGCUGUAGACAAUCAAAUUUCAAAACCUCCCUGAGCUCCCUAAUCAGUAGCAGAAAACAGGCACAGAAUUAAAAAUCCCCAGUGCGUUUGUGUUCAGCCUGAAACCGUGUUUACCGUGUGUAGCACGUUGUGUACAGAGCAUUUUGCAGGGAGACAUUUAGCUGGCGUAAAUCGGCAUAGCUCCAGUGACUGCAGUGGAGCGAUGCUGAGUCACGUCAGCUGAGGGUCUCCCCUUGUAUGAGGUAAUUUAUUUCGGUGUACACCUGAAGUGGCAGCUCUAUAAAGCUCUAGGUAUUUAAAACAUGAUCCGUAGCUAUCACUGGCAAAUAACUUGUAGCAGAGGGAAUUUCAGGGGGAGGGGAGAAGAGAAGAUGAUUUCAGCUGAGAUUUGGGAAGAACUGGGAGGCAUAGAGCUGAGCUAUUUGAAAGCGAUUCCUCCUGUCUUUGACAUGCCAAGGCUUGAGCUCAAUAUUCCACGUUUCCUCUGCAGUAGCUGACAAGCCAGUGUCCACAGCAGAGCGUUUUCCUGUGCUGCUCAAAUCAUUUGCAAUGCCUGCAAUCAAAGCACCUUGCCCUGCUGGGAGCAGGUCAGGUCUUGCAUGCUAAUCGGAGUCAGGCCUGGCCAGUAUUUGGAUGGGAGUGGUGUUGGAGGGUCAAUAGGAGCUGUUCUUCCCUUUAGAGGCCAUACAGAGCCCACGGUGCCAUUAGGGGGAGCUUGUAGUCAAAGAGGUGUCCUUCAGAUGAGCCUUGAAGUCCAGGCCCUACAAACUGCAAUCUUGUGGCUUGUUUGUCAAUCAGGGCAUUAGCCUUGGAGUCCUGGCCAAAUUCCAGCUCAAGUUUCCCUUCCCUAAAGUCCUUAGCGGUUGCAAUCAGAGACAGGAUCCUCCUUUGUUUCUUGCCCUGAGCUACUGUGCAGUGUUGCUGUGCUGUGUCAAAGAGUUGCCGUGUUCCACCCCAGAAAGGGCUGCAGGUGUGCAGUUUGUAGGGUGCUUUAGGACCAUCCCGGGGGACGGUGCUCUAGAAAUGGAGGCUCCAGAGCCCUGAACUCAGGUGUUUGUAGGGCAGGGAAGGAGGAGCUCAGUUAAGCUCCACAUCUGCUCUGUUAAUGGGGCUUAAACAAGCCACUGCCAGUCCCGCGUUUCAGUUCUCAUGGAGGAGAUGGGGAGGGAGGGGAUUAGUGCUGUGGGGCUGAGCAUACUGCCUAGAGCCCUGAUCCUGAUAAGGGGCAGUAUGUAGAGGGCAGGGGACCCAGGUGUUGGAGGGUGAGAGCCAGUGAGAUUACCCAGUCAAUGCGAUUCCAGCAGCCUGGGGGCUAACAAGGACCCCCGUUCUCCACUCGCUCCUCUUUCCUCCUUCUCCUUCUCUCUAUCCCAUACUCCAUGGGCACAGGCAAGGAGGGUCCUAGGUCCUCGCGUCUGGCCCCUGCUUUUGCUGGCAAUCCAUCCUACAGCCCCAUUCAGAAACUUACCAAGCUCCGUCUUCAAAUUAGUCAGGUUGUUUGUCCCCACAGCUCCUCAUGGGAGGCUUGGCCGAUGGUUAGAAACUGUGACACUUUUCCCUUCUCUUCCCUCAUCUCUCUUUCCUCCCUUGCUUUCCCUUAAGGCUGGGAUCUAAGUUAUCCCAUCAAACUGUGUCGGCGCUGGGGGCUGCACUGGUUAACUAUAUUCGUACCAAAGCUGUGCAUGGCCCAGCCAUGAACAUACGCUGCAUUCCUAACAUAACCCCGGGUCAGUCUAUCCCCCUCUUGGUGUAGGGAGACCCCUGUGACGCGGUCUGAACCCAGUGUAGGGUCCUGCUCUGCUCUCCAAUAGCUUCUCCUCCUGCUCAGCCCUGCAGGAAGCAAGUAUGGAGGAGCAGAGGUGCCCUGCCAGGCCAAUGCCUGAUGUAGCAACCUGCUGCCCGCAAUGUCCCGAGGACGAAACCCAUGCCACCUACGACCAAGAUGUCCUCCAGUGGUCUAAACCCCUCUCCAGCAUCAUCUUUGCUCAGUAGCGUCCCGAGCUGCUGCUCCUCCUCCCAGAAGAACCAGGGCCGUUUGCUUGGUGUUUAUUGGGUCUCUCUUGCUGGGUGGACUGGACCUGAGUUUCUCAUUGGGCUGUCUCUGGCGGGGGCAGGUGGUGCGCUGUGGACACCGGGGGCCAUGCAGGAAUAAGGAGCUGCUCACCAUGGAUCUCCAACCCUCUGGGGGAUUUUGAGUCCCAGUUCUCCCAGGCUGGAGCCUCUCCCCUCCGUCCCCCCGCACAGGAACAAAUGGGGUCCCCGGACUGAACUGGACCUGGAUCUUAGCUGGGGCAGCGGGAUCAAAGCAAUAGAAAACUGGAUGUGGGAUCCACUGCUUGGUACGGUUCUUCCCUCCCCACCUGUCUCCAGAAGCUACGUCCCUCCUACGUCUUGUCUGGGAGCGGGGCCGGGCCAUGCCGCAGGAGCACAGCUCGGGGACGGGACCCGCUUGGAGCGUCUGGUGGUUCUGAAGGUUCGUUAUGGCUUGUGAGCCUCGGUGUAGGACCCUGGCUGCCCAGGUUCGGAUUGUGUCUACCUGGGCUCGCUAACCUCUGACCCGCUGGGGGGCGGGGCCAAGCAUUGCUUACUGACUCCUGAAUUCAGAGCCCAAGGACAGAGCCAGCCAGACUUGCUGAGUGAGCUUUGGGGUCAAUUGCUGGGCAAAGACUCCUUAAGCCCCAAUUCCCUGGUAACUAGAUAAUCCAUGAGCCCAGGGGGAACAUGGACGGGGAGACAACAGCAAACCAGCCCCACUGACAGGGCCGUGGGCUGACCCUCAGGGGACUGAUGAAAGCAGGGGUGUGCUGGCAGGGGAGGAGCUGUUGCCUAGGCUGCCCCUGUUCUGUAGCUACCUACAGGGCUCUGGAGCUGUCCGGGCAGCACUUUUCCUAGAUUCGUACAGGUCGUCAGCCGCUCUCCUGGGCACUGUACCUCACUCAGCCUGCUCUGGCUUCAUUCUCCGGAUGGUCAGAUGCUGUCCCAAGUCUUACAGACGUGGUGCGGGACAGACCCCCUGGCUUGCGGGAGGGGAGAAUGGCUGGCUGGGGUGCCCCCUUUCCCGUGCCCAUGAUGGCAGCUGUCCCGAGCGGCACUGAACGCACAAUGCUGUUGAUUGUAUGGGCUGUGAAAGGGGCACCGGCACUUCAAGUGCCAGAUCAAUGCAAGGUGCAGAGCUCAUCUCUGGGAAGCCACCUGCCCUCAGCCCCUUCGGUAUCACGGCUGCUGUCAACCAGGGAUGGAGGGAGACUGGGCAAACACCCUCCCCGCUGGCUGCUUUAGUGACCCUGUGCCUUCGACCGCACGUCCUAGUGCGUGGGAGAGAGUCAGGGUCCAGGGUCCAAUACGCGAGAUUAGCAGCCUUCACAAUGUUCAGAGGUGAGGAAACGCUCUGCCUGUCUGAGUGGGAUCAGCAGAGUGCUGCUUCGUAGGAACAAGGGAUUGUCCCCUCCUCCCGAUGUUCAUGCAGGGGUCCCACAGGGAGGUCACUGGCAGCAGCCACCCGGCACAGUUCAGGCAGCGAGCCGCUGUGGCCAUGCAGCUGGAGGAAGGCCUGUCUGCUCCAGCCUGCUUGGAAGUGGAGUCUUCUCUGCCCGAGGCAGCUGUAGACUCCAGCCAUGCUGCUGCUUCAGGUCAGGGACAGCCGUGUCACCCAGAGGAUGCCAUCCCUCUGAUCUCUCCUUCCUUCUCUGCCUACCUGCUUCCCCACUGCCUACCUCUCCUUUCCCUGGGGAGAUGAGGCAGGGGGGCUUUCCCUCCUGUCUCCCCUAGCAUCACAGUGUGCCAGCCACACGGGGUGCGCAGGAUGGGGAGAGGUCAGGCAAUUGUGACCUGCCACUUCACAGUAAUAGUUCCAGCUGCGGGUUGGUGCAAUCCUGUCUCUUCCUUCUCCUUCCUUAAACGGGUUCAGAAAAAGCAACCCAAGGGCCUCCCCCCAUGCUGGGGAGUUUGACACGAAACUCCCGUCCGCGUGGGUGUCGGUAGCAGGGUGUGCUCCAAAGAGGGCAGCUGGGCGUGCCAGAGCGUUAUCUGUCGCACCAUGUUCUUUCGCACGGCCCGCUGCUCCUAGGAGUGUAACAAGUGAUGACAAUGCACUUUAAUAGAGCAUGUUCCUUGGGGCGCUUUGACAUUACCAGUCACUUUGGGGGGCACUAGGUUGCUUCCGGAUGCCAGUUUGUGUGGCACCAGGGCUUGGCGCCUCCUCUCUGGGUAGGGAAGUCCUGAGUGUCUCUUUGGGAUAAUCAGGAGGUGAGUGUUAUGGGCGAGGGAGGAUUCUCUGCCCCCUCCCGCUCCAUUUUCCAGUCCUGUCCCUUCCUGUAAUGUUCCCAAACGCUGGGUCACAGGAAGAUUUUAGAUGGGUCACCGCAUCCAGGGCUGGAUUAAACCAUCACUGGACCCUAGGUGAACAUACCCUUCUCCCUGCCUGGUGCAGAGGGGGGCCCCGCGGAGGGGGUGGGUGUCACAGACAAACCUGCCCUACUCUCACCCCACAGAGGCAGCUCCUGUCGCAUGGGUCUGGGCCUGGCUCCCCGCUCCAGACAUUGUGACCCUGUGCACCAGCUCGCAACACUUGGAGUAGGGAGCAAGACCCAGCCCUGCGGGACAGGAGCCACUGCUAUGGCGGGGAGUGCAGGGCAGACUUGGUCUCCAGCCCUUCCCCCAGGACCUCCCCACCCACAGGGCUGGGAUUCGGGUUGCGGUGCCAGGGCAGAGGGUGUAUAAAUGUACUGGUACGUCACCAAAAAAAGAAACUACAGUUGGUGGAUCACCCCAGGAAAGAGUUUCGGAACCACUGCUGUAAUGCACUUUUAACGGACAGCAAGUCCUUGUUCAGGCUGCUAAUUAGGGUUUGUGUCCAUUGCAACAUAACCUGGAUGUUAUUACAUGUUUAGCCUCUUUUUAAAACUGUUCCGCCCACCGGCAGAGCUGCUCCCGUCCAAAGGCCUGAAUGCAACACAUGCAGUGUCUCUCUCUGUGCACUCAUGUACGCGCACACACACACACACACACACACACACACACACACACUCUGAUACAGUCUGGCACUCUUGCAUGCCCUGAUACUCUUAUUCACACACACAAGCAAAGCAGAUUCACACUCAAAUCACUGGUGCUAAAGCUUGCAAAGGGAGGAGGCUGGGCCAUGAGGGCGGGGAGCAUUUCCAGGGUUCCACCUUCCCCUCGAAUCAGGCAAUAAACGUGUUUUGUUUCAUUCAGUGUGGACAAAGUUUGUGUCAUCCAGCCACCAAGUGAGCUCCUGGGCCAGAGAGCGUCACAUGGCUAUCUCGACUGUUCCACGUUUCCCAUCGAUAUCUCAACAUGGCGUGUGUGUGUGUGUGUUCGUAAACAUCUUUUGGAGUGUUCUUCAUGUUUGUAUAACCAGAUGGGUUUGUAUAGGGAGUGCGCGUGUGUGUACGUGUGUAGCAUAGAGAGGUCUGGCUCAUAGAAUCUGUCAUGAGCCACCUAAUCACAAGAGGUGUGCCUGUUUAACUGGGACAGUGCAUUUCAAAUCAUGGCUAAAAGUCACAGGGAGUCUGUUUAAAUGGCAUCAUGUGCAAACCCUUUGCUACAGCUGCCAGGUGUGACAUGCUGUGUGCCAGCAUUCAGGACACGUUCUGCGAUCUCUUUGUUCACUGAAGGUGGCUUCAUGGAUCCAAAUGACCUUGCUAGCAUUUCCCCAAGCCCGACCCUCUGUAUAUCUUUUCAAAACAAGUGGCGAAAGGGAAGCAAAUCUCUCCCAGCCUGAGAGCUCCCCUUGGGAAGCUGGCAUGUCUCUUUCCUGCUGAGGGUCAGUUCCAGUGAAGAGAAUUCUGCUGUCUGCACACACGCACAUGCAGGUAUCGUCUGUCUGUAGCUCCUGCCUUCAUGAUGGUGUCUUUGCAGAGACAUUGCUAGUUUAAUCUCGACCACCGUCCAGAUUCACAGGGUGACAGGAGUCAGCAGCCAGGCAGAUAUUUUGCAGUUUAAUUCAGUGUUCCUGAGAUGCCAGCUGUACUCGUUGGAUUUCACACCCUUAAUAAAACCUAUAUUUAUACUGU